AUGGAUAGCUCAGAAGCUGGUCUAGAUAGAAUUGAGUCACAGAGGUCAACGGACGUGUCUUCUUCUGACCAACGGAAACGAAGAUACUUCCUCAUGAACCUGAUGAAUAACGGUGCGAACAGAAUCUGUUCACGAGGUUCCCCUGAAAGCCAAAGAGCAUGCACACCUAAGGGAGACAAGGAGCCUGUCCCUGAGUUCUUAACCAGUCUCAGACUUUCUGAUCUUUACAACCUCCCAGGUGAAUCUGUGGUGAUGAACUCAGAGAUCUUUAGUGCAAUGCGAGCCGGGAACAUAGAGGUUUUGGAAAAGAUGAAGAGGUACGAAACACCUAUGGCAUGCUUCAAGAAUAACAAGGGAGAUUCCAUUCUUCACCUUGCUGCAUCUUACGGUCAUCUUGAGCUAGCGAAAGGCAUAGUCUCUGCAUGCCCGUCUCUUCUAUUAGAGCCAAACUGGGAGGACCGGGUUCCACUUCAUGUGGCGGCUCGUGCUGGCCAUUCAGCAGUAGUUGAGGCUCUUGUUGCGUCGGUAACAUGUUUUUCAGCUGGACUAUCUGAAGAAGAGAGGGAGAGGUUGUUGAAUCUCUAUGUUCUCAAGGACAGAGAUGGAGAUACUCCUCUCCAUUUAGCGUUGAAAGACCUCCAUGAAAAAACAGAGCGUCGUGCCAAGAACCAAUCCAUAUCUCACCUUGUUAUGCAUCAACGAAGCAUCAGAUGCAGUUCAUUUCAAACACGGCUAAUGGAGAUAGCCGCUUGUCUAGUGAAUGCAAACCAACAUGUUUCGUUUCUUGCAAAUAAGGAUGGAAUAUCCCCCUUGUAUCUGGCAGUUUUAGCUGGUAAUGUAUCCCUUGUGAAUGCAAUGUUGAACGUCCAAGGGAAAAACUCUGACUUAGCAUCGCAAUUAGAAGGGAGAAAAUCGCUUGUUCAUGCAGCCCUAAAGGCCAAGAAUACAAAUGUUCUUGACGUUAUUCUCAAUGAAGACCCAUGCCUUCUCAACGAGCGAGAUGAAGAUGGAAGAACUUGUCUCUCGGCUGGAGCAUCUGUAGGGUUUUAUAAAGGCGUAUGCAAGCUAUUAGACCGGUCAACCUCAAGCGUCUUUGAAAGCGACGAUGAUGGUUCCUUUCCCAUCCAUAUAGCAGUGGAGAAAGGUCAUGUGGACGUUGUUAAAGAGCUUCUAAAACGUUGUCCUGACUCAAUAGAGCAGCUUAACCAAGAAGGUCAGAACGUUCUUCACAUUGCAGCAAAGAGUGGGAAAGCUGUAUCUUUUCUGAUGGGUUAUAUCAAGAGACUUGGUACAAAGAACCAUCUCAUCAAGGAGCAAGAUGUGAAUGGGAACACACCUUUGCACCUAGCCACCAUAAACUGGCGUCCUCGAACUACCUUUGCUAUGACUAACCCCAAGAUCUUGAAUAUACAGAACAAAGAUGGCUUGAGACCUUUGGAUAUUGCAGAAAUAAAUCUGCAGUCUGACUACGUUUUGAGAGAGAGAAUGACAUUGAUGGUCUUGCUAUGCGUUUACAAGCCAAGAGGUGUUACUUGGCGUCCAACGAGUGGGAUGACUUUAAGAAGCAGAUCAGAGACUCUAAGUGGUUAUGGUGAAAAAUACAAAGACCGUGUCAAUGUACUUCUACUAGUGGCAGCUCUCAUAGCAACCAUAACAUUUGCGGCAGGUUUUACAAUGCCAGGUGGGUUUAACAACUCGGGCAUGGCUGUUUUGGUCGAUGACAAGACCUUCUCAAACUUUCUGGUAUGUGACACCUUGGCAAUGCAAUGCUCCGUUAUAGCAAUAGUUUCUCUUAUUUGGGCGCAGUUGGGAGAUCAAGAACUCGCGCACAGAGCCUUUCAUCUGGCUUUGCCGUCGCUCUUCUUUGCGCUGUUCUUCAUGUCUUCAGCAUUCAUUUACGGCAUCAACGCUGCAGUACAACAAAACAGGGUGCUUGAUGACAAGAUACAUAUUAUAUCUGCGAUCUUCUGUAAUGUGAUGCUUAUCCUCCUUGGACCUUACGUUAUCCCUCAGGUCUCUGGCAUUCCUUUUGUUCAAGAUUUAACCAGUCUUUAUCUCUAUGUUCUUUUGUGGUUUGUUAGUGAAGACGAUGAUGAGAAACAUCACAUCUCCAAGUGUGUGAAGAAAGAGUCCAUGGGAUCCUCAAGGGUGGAUCAAAUUCCUAGAGGAGAAAAGGAUCUAUACCUCUGGUUUGAAAGUCCAACAAGUGGUGGCCUUGGCUUACCUGUUUACAGGCUUCACUCUGCAUUGACUUUGACUACACUCACUCAGUCACGCACAUGGCUUGAGACACUAAAGGACUAUUAUAAAUGGACGAACAAACCUAUCUCUCUUCUCAAGCUCUUAGCUACUCCUCUGGCAUUAAUGAUCUCCUUCUUCCACUUGAGGGUGACACUGAUGGUGUUAUUAUACUUUUACACAUCAGCAAGACAAUCUACACGGCUGAUGUUCCAGAAAAAGAUAACAAGACGAACAGAUCCACCUGCUGGUGACAAAAACAAAGACUACGUCAACACUCUUCUAGUGGUUGCAGCUCUUGUAGCAACCGUAACUUUUGCUGCUGGUUUUACAAUACCUGGUGGCUUUAACAGCUCUGAACCAAACCAAGGGUUGCCAACUCUAGCUGGUGACCGGAAACUCACCUACUUUAUGGUAUUUGACAUCCUGGCAAUGCAGAGCUCCAUCAUGACAAUAGCUACUCUAAUCUGGGCGCAGUUGGGUGAUCCACAGCCGGCCCUGACUGAUCCAGCACUCGUUCACAGAUCCUUAAAUGUGGCAUUGCCAUCACUUUUAUUCGCUCUUCUCUGCAUGCCGGUGGUGUUUUUGUUGUUUUUGCGCGUAUUGAAGGGCUUGUGAUUUUCCUCAACGUUACAUCUGCGAUCUUCAUCUUCCUAAUGCUCUUUCUUCUUGGCCCUCACGUUCUCCUACGUAUACCUGGCAUUCCUGCUGCCUUUGUUGCCUAUUUCGUGCUAUUUGUGUUGCUUGUCGAUGAUGACCACCAUGA